UGUAACCAAUCCCCUUCUUCAGAACCUUAUCCCCUGCCGCUUCUUACAGAGUCUCCUCUCCACUUCCAUCGUUUCCUCCCAAAUCGAGCUGCAGAGAGCGAGGGAGAUGGCGACCCGUCUGCUCUUCCAGCCGCUAUCUCUGAAACCACUCAACCAAUCCGCUCCCUUCUCCGCCACCACAACCACCAAGCUGAGGGUGGAGACGAGACGGAGGAGGCCCACCAGGCAGGUAGCGGUCGCGAGCACAAAGAACUACAAGGUGACGAUCGACCACGAGGGCAAGAGCACGACGCUGGAGGUUGGGGAGGACGAGAGCAUACUGGAGAGGGCGCUAGACGAGGGGCUAGAGGUCCCCCACGACUGCAAGCUCGGGGUAUGCAUGACCUGUCCCGCGCGCCUCGUCAGCGGCGAGGUCGACCAGAGCGGCGGGAUGCUCAGCGACGACGUCGUCGAGCGCGGCUACGCGCUUCUUUGCGCCUCCUACCCGCGCUCCGACUGCCACAUCCGCACCAUCCCUGAGGAGGAGCUCCUCUCCCUUCAGCUCGUUACCAGCGCAGAGUGAACUUCUCGUCCCUUCCAUGGCGACUCGAACCUUCUGAAGUAAACAGUGACGCUUCGCUUGUGGGCUGCACUUUUUUAGUUGUUACCUUUGAUUCUCAGAGAGAGAAACAGAGAGAGCUUUGCUUGUAAAUUUUGAAGUUUUGGUUCUUUAUCUUCAACAAUCAGCAGAUCUUUUAUCUUGACUUUAUGUACAACUUGCUGUUACCAAAGCACCUGGUAAACUACAGAGAGAUGUUAUUGCCCUCUUCCUUUCUUAUGAAUAAUCUAUAAAUGAAGUCGCAUUGCACA